ACUCACUCAUAUGCACACACACACGAAACAAUGCAUCUGUAAGAUUCGCAUAAACAUACAAAAAAAUGGAGUAAAAUAAAUUAAAAGUGAGGAGACAAAUAUUCUAAGAAAAAACUUAGAAAAUAAAAAAGACAUAAAAUAGCGUCACACCUACUCUUUCUUCUACACCUUUAGUAUCUCUCUCUCCCCUGUCUUCAUACUCCUUUACACUACUCCUCUCCCCUCCAAUGGUGUAAUCACCCAUUUACUAACUUCCUCCAUCUCUCUCUCUCUUCAUACCAAAGUCUUGUGCAAUGGCGGCGCGAAAACUAGGUUCAUUGUUACGUCAAUACUUUUUCUCACUAUGCUUCCUCUUCCUCGGUUGCUUCUUCUUCCCCAAAGGCGCAGACUGUAAACAAAAGAGGAGGAAGAAGAAGCUCAGAACAGUCUCUUUAUCAUCUUCAGGUUCAGCUCUAUCCUCUUCUUGGACGUACUUAAAACGAGUUUUCUUAUCCACGACAAGGAUAUCUAAAUCACGUAACCAAACACACCCUAACUGUACGUUAACAUCAGCAAGAUCAUCACAGAACUCUCUUGUCACCCUCGUCCAACCCGAAACAACCACAACAAACCAACCCGACCCGGAUACCCGUACCCAACAACAACCCGAGUUCGAGAUCUCGUAUUCCGAUCACAACAAUCCUCUGUUUCUCCUCCCUCUACGAAACGAGAUUUUCCCUUGCAACUCGUGCGGCGAGAUUUUCGCGAGAACCAACCUCCUCGAGAGCCACAUCGCGAUCAAACACGCCGUGUCGGAGCUAAUCGCCGGCGAGUCGAGCACGAACAUCGUCGAGAUCAUAUUCAAAUCAGGCUGGCCUAAUGGCAAAUCGCCGGAGAUCAACCGGAUCUUAAAAAUCCACAACAGCCAGAAGAUUCUCACCAGAUUCGAGGAGUACCGCGAGUUCGUCAAAGCCAAAGCCGCUCGAUCGCGGUGGGAAGACGAGCGUUGCGUCGCCGACGGUAACGAGCUUUUACGAUUCUACUGCUCGACGUUCAUGUGCGAUCUAGGUCAAAACGGUAAAUCGAAUCUCUGCGGUCAUCAGUACUGCAGCGUGUGCGGUAUCAUCGGAUCCGGAUUCUCGCCGAAGCUCGACGGGAUCGCGACGCUCGCGACGGGGUGGAGAGGACACGUGGCGGUGCCGGAGGAGGUCGAGGAAGAGUUUGGGUUUAUGAACGUGAAAAGGGCCAUGUUGGUUUGUCGGGUUGUAGCGGGUCGGGUCGGGUGUGAUUUGAUGAUUGAUGACGUGGAUAAGAGUGAAGGUGGAGGAGGAGGAGGGUAUGAUUCUCUGGUUGGGCAGAGUGGGAGCAAGAGUGGGGCGCUUUUGAGGAUCGACGAUGAUGAGCUCUUGGUGUUUAAUCCAAGGGCUGUGCUUCCUUGUUUUGUUAUAGUCUAUACGGUGUAAAACCGGUUUUGUGAUUCUGUCUCUCUGUGUUGUUUGUUUAUAUUUUGGUUUGUGAGGAUUUUGGUUUGAUUAACCGGUUUAGAAGUUAAUAGUGAAGAAGAAGUGUGAACGCUUUUUUAGUUUGUUUGCAAAAAUGGUAAAAUUAUUGUGGUGACUAAAAGAUUCGAAGAUACC